CUUUGAGGUGAAAAUGGAGAGGGGGAUUGCUCGCUUGGCCGUUCUCUCUGCGCACUUGGAGGUGUCUGAUCAGGUGUUACCGCCACCGAUCGAGCCAUGGUGCACAUCGGGUGCUAGUGCACCGCAUGGAUCCCUUAAAGGAAGCUUGACCAUCGUCGAUGAGCGCACGGGAAAGAAGUACCAGGUCCCAGUCGCAGAGGAUGGUACCGUUAAAUCCAUCGAUCUUAAGAAGAUAACGACGGGGACGGAUGACAAGGGGCUUAAGUUAUACGAUCCUGGUUACUUAAACACAGCUCCUGUUCGAUCUUCAAUUUCUUACACUGAUGGAGAUGAAGGAAUCCUACGUUAUAGGGGAUACCCAAUUGAAGAGUUGGCUGAGAGUAGUACUUUUCUCGAGGUUGCUUAUCUCCUCAUUUAUGGAAAUCUGCCUUCUCAAAGACAGCUAGCUGAUUGGGAAUUAGCGAUCUCUCAGCAUUCAGCUGUCCCACAAGGAUUAUUGGAUAUGAUUCAGUCCAUGCCUCAAGAUGCAUAUCCAACGGGUGCCUUUGUCAGUGCGAUGAGUGCACUUUCUCUCUUUCAUCCUGAUGCAAACCCUGCUCAUAUGGGCCAGGAUGUUUACAAGUCAGCACAAGUUCGUGAUAAACAGAUAUAUCGUAUUCUUGGACAGGCAUCUACAAUUGCAGCAGCUGCUUUUUUGAGGACAGCAGGGAAGCCUCAUGUUCUUCCUUUGAGCAACCUUUCUUAUACAGAGAACUUACUCUAUAUGCUGAACUCAAUGGGAAAUAGGUUUUACAAGCCUAAUCCUCGGCUAGCUCAAGUGAUGGACACCAUCUUCAUACUGCAUUGUGAACAUGAAAUGAAUUGCUCCACUGCUGCUGCUCGGCAUCUUUCCUCUAGUGGUGUUGAUGUGUACACUGCUAUUGGGGGAGCUACUGGAGCCAUUAAUGGUCCGCUUCAUGGUGGUGCAGUUGAGGCUGUGCCUAAGAUGUUAUCAGAGAUUGGGAGUGUUGAAAAUAUUCCAGAGUUCAUCGAAUGUGUGAAGAACAAGAAGAGGAAGCUGUCAGGUUUUGGGCACCGCGUUUACAGAAACUACGACCCAAGAGCAAAAGUCCUUAAGAAACUGGCGGAUGAAGUAUUCUCCAUCUUUGGAAAGGAUCCUCUCUUUGAGGUAGCAGCUGCUCUUGAGAAGACGGCGCUCACUGAUGAAUAUUUUGUCAAGAGAAAGCUUUACCCAAAUGUUGAUUUCUACUCUGGAUUAGUCUGUAGGGUAAUGGGAGUCCCAUCACAUUUCAUCAUAGUCUCGCGUAUUGCUGGAUACUUGUCACACUGGCGUGAGUCAUUAGAUGAUCCUGACACUAAGAUCAUGAGGCCCCAGCAGACCUAUAAUGGAGUGUGGCUAAGGCAUUACGAGCCAGUGAGAAAAUAAACUAUCAAGUGAUCUGGAUUCGAAUGUUAUGGUUAUUGAAAUGGGGACUACCAGCCAGUGAGACAAAGAACUUCAAUCUAUAUUUGUAUGUGUGUGAUAUAAACUUAUAAACUUCAACCUAUAAUAUGUGAAAAAUAUAUGGUGGUGCGGAUAUAAUUAUAAGUAAUAUAUAUGUUAUGAAAAUAAAGUGUUGUAUUUGUGUGAUAUAUAAACUUUUUUUUAUU